CCUGCAGCCAAUGGAGGUGGACUAUGGACAGAUUGAAAUAUUAGAGGGUCCACAGCAGAAGGUAGACACACCUGAAGAGGUGGACUAUUUGUACGCCAGGGUACGGAAAGGCCAGUGAGAAAGGUACUGUCUAGAUUCAAUAUGAUAGAAGGAGGCUGAUUUGGAGGAAAGUACAACGCAGUUUCCAUCUGCCUAUGGGCAUAUCAUCCCUAACUGGUAUUGCAUAUCUUACAGAUUUCGUCCCAUUAUGACUAGAUUCAGGUUUUCAAAGAUGGUCAUUACUUCUUUUGCAAUAUGUACACCAAGUCUUAAAGAACAACCAAGUUAAAUCAUUUGGCGAACUAAGUUCAGACUUCCAUUUGCCAAAGUCUGAUUUCUGUAGCUAUUUACAGCGAAGAGACUAUUUACUGAAACACCCCAACUGGGUAAAAAUGAAAGGUGAGCCCUCUCCCAUAGAAAAACACUGAAUCAAUACUCAGAAAAGGGCAACUAGUAGUAAACAAAUAACAAAAAUAUACUAAUCUGUUGCUGUCAUGACCUAGAGCAAUACUCUGCAAACUAAGAGCAAGUGGAAAUCUGAACUUGGGGAGAACAUUGAAAAUGAUCUUGGGAGGCAAUACUCAUACCAUUAUCAAUGGAAAAUCAACAGUAGGUACUUUCUAACUCCAGACACAAUGGUGAAGAUAAGAAAAUAAACAACCAGUGAAUACUGGAGAAAAUGUGGGGAAUUGUUCGCAAACUACCUCCAUAUUUUUGGGUCUUGUUCUAGAAUAAUUAACUUCUGGAAUUAUGUUUUUGACUUUGCAAACAAUGUAUUUAAAUGCUCCCUGGCAAAGGACCCAAAAUGUAAUCCCUGAACGGUUUCAAAAUGCCUAUCUAUUGAAUAUACUCUUGUCUGCAGCAAAUACAUGUAUUACAGCACAUUGGUUAAAUAAGGACAUUCAUACUAUGCAAGAGUGGAAUUGUAGAGUGAAAUAAAUGUAUUUAAUGGAGAAAAAAAAUUGCAAACAGAUAUAUGUGAAAAAAGAUGGGAACCGCUCCUUGUAAAUAACAUUUAGUAGACAUAAGACCAAUUAGUCUUGAAGCAAUGUGAUAUGAUAAAUGUGAUGACUUAUUUUUCCUUUUAUUUUUUAUUUAUUUUAUUUCCUUUUGGUGCUUACAGUGCCUUCAGAAAGUAUUCACACCCCUCGACUUUUUCCACAUUUUGUUGUUACAGCCUGAAUUUAACAUGGAUUAAAUUGUGUCACUGGCCAACAGCAAGGAUUAGGACGUUUUUUUUUAGGAUAAAAAUAAAAGGAAUAGAGCUAAGCACAGGCAAAAUCCUAGAGAAAAACCG